AUGGCGAGUUACGGAGGCUACAACGGUAGCUACAACUACCGGGACAGCACUGGGAGCAACGGGUCGACGAAGUACUCGGAGAGGGCAAGAUGGACUCCUCUCACUCGUAUGCUGUUAUCGGGUGAGAUGACUCAGGAAAAGCAGAGAGAGCUGAGUCCCAAGGAGAAGUUUGAAGUUUGGAUGGUCAACGAGGGUUAUCGUCGAAUCUUCGUCUUCGUCUUUAUGCUGCUCCAUGCUAUAGUCUUCGCCUUCGGUUUCGUCAAUUACUCGCUCAAGGAUAACCUACAGAUUGCGCGAGAUACCUUCGGCCCGACAUUCAUGAUUGCCCGUUCUGCAGCCCUUGUCCUUCACGUUGAUGUCGCGCUCAUCCUCUUCCCCGUUUGCCGCACAUUCAUCUCUUUGGCUCGCCAAACGCCUCUGAACGGUAUCAUCCAGUUCGAUAAAAACAUCACCUUCCAUAUCACCACCGCAUGGUCGAUCGUCUUCUUCUCCUGGGUUCAUACGAUUGCCCACUGGAACAAUUUGGCGCAGGUCGCUGCGAAGCAAAAACUCGGUUUCUAUGGGUUUUUGGUGGCUAACCUGGUGUCCGGUCCAGGCUGGACUGGAUACAUCAUGCUGAUUGCUUUGAUGGGCAUGGUGUUCACCUCGAUUGAGAAGCCUCGCCGUGCGAACUACGAGCGAUUCUGGUAUACCCAUCACAUGUUCAUCAUUUUCUUCUUCUUCUGGUCGAUCCACGGCGCAUUCUGCAUGAUCCAGCCUGACUUCGCGCCUUUCUGCACCUCUUUCGGAACUCAGGCCGUCGGUGUCUUUUGGCAGUACUGGAUGUAUGGUGGUUUCGUCUAUCUGGCCGAGCGUGUCGCUCGCGAGGUCCGUGGCCGCCACAAGACGUACAUCACUAAGGUCAUCCAACACCCCAGCAAUGUCGUCGAAAUCCAGAUCAAGAAGGAGAACACCAAGACCCGUGCUGGGCAGUACAUCUUCUUGUGUUGCCCUGCCGUCUCGCUGUGGCAGUACCACCCUUUUACCCUGACGAGCGCCCCGGAGGAGGAUUAUAUCUCUGUUCACAUUCGUGUGGUCGGUGAUUUCACCAGGGCGCUCGCCGAGACUCUGGGCUGCGAGUUCGACAAGAAGAAGAACGAGCAGUCCAAGGUUGUUGGUGUCAGCAAGGACAACGAUGAGGUGGAUCCUGCUCUCCGGCGUGUCCUUCCGCGUGUCUACAUCGACGGGCCCUUCGGCUCGGCGUCCGAGGAUGUGUUCAAGUACGAGAUCGCCAUGCUGGUCGGUGCCGGUAUCGGUGUCACUCCGUUUGCCUCGAUUCUCAAAUCUAUCUGGUACCGGAUGAACUACCCACAGAAGAAGACCCGGCUGAGCAAGGUCUACUUCUUCUGGGUUUGCCGUGACUUCGGCUCCUUCGAGUGGUUCCGCUCGCUGCUGCUGGCUAUUGAGGCCCAGGAUGUGGACAAUCGCAUCGAGAUCCACACCUACCUGACAGCGAAGAUCAAGGCUGAUGAUGCUAUGAACAUCAUGGUCAACGAUGCCAACGCCGACAAGGACACCAUCACUGGCUUGCGGUCGCCGACAAACUUCGGUCGUCCCAACUGGGAUAUGAUCUUCAGGGGUAUCCGCAAGCUGCAUUCCCCGGCCGAGUGCGGUGUGUUUUUCUGCGGUCCUAAGGGCUUGGGUAGCGCACUGCAUGUCUUUUGUAACAAAUACAGCGAGCCUGAUUUCACCUUUGUUUGGGGCAAGGAAAACUUCUAA